AUGACGCCUGCCGUACUUGCUGUCAUGAAUGAAAGAGGAAAUUUACCAAAUCCUGAACAAUCAAAUCUAAAUCAGGAGACCCCAGCGUGCCCCGAAGAACAGGCAUAUGUUGGUCCUAACAGGAAUAUUACAGAAGACACUGAAUCGGAAAAUUAUUCCCAUGUUGAGAGGUCGUCAUUUCAAAAACCAAAAAAAAGGAUUAAACCUGUUAACAACGAAGCUGAUAAAGCUUUUGUAGACUGGUUAAAAACAAAAGAAAAUAAAACAGAUGACCCACGAAAAAUGUUUCUGCUGAGCUUGCUACCCGACAUACAAAGUCUUACAGAUGAACAAAUGAGUGUAUUUAGAAUUAAAAUGUUGAAGCUUUUGGAAGAAAUUAAAAAACCAACGUGUUCAGUUAUCCAGCCACAGAUAAACCAAUUCAAAGUCUAUUCGCCGAUUUCUUCCGGUAACUUCCACAGUUCACAAACACUAGCAUCCACACCUUCUCCAAUAAAUUAUUCUAACGACACACAAGUUUUCUCUGACUAUUCACAAACACAAAUUACCACAUUAAACCCUAUUAAUUAUUCAAAAAAUAUUAAUGAUUUGGAAGAUUUUACAAUACAAUAA